AUGGCUCAGCAGCGUUUUUACAAUUUAGAACAUAAACUAUUGAAAAACCCAACACUUGCUUCGGAUUACAAGAAAUUCAUGAAGGAGUAUCUCGACUUGGGUCAUAUGGAGGUUGCUCAAGGUACUAUUGGUUCCACAUAUUACUUACCGCAUCAUUCAGUAUUCAAACAUAGCAGCCUAACUACAAAAAUGCGUGUAGUCUUUGAUGGUUCUGCUAUAUCUAAGUCUGGUCACAGUCUCAAUGACAUACUAUUGUGUGGACCUACUGUACAACUCGACCCAGCGUGCCAUCCAAGAAGAUUUUAUGUUGGCGACUUGCUCAGUGGUGGUCAAAAUGAAAGUGAAUGCCAUGACCUUUUUCAAAAUUUAUCUGAUGAACUUAACAAGGCUGGCCUACCUCUUCGAAAGUGGUGUUCAAAUUCAAGUUCAGUCAUGUCAAAAAUGUCGAUUCCUGAAAAUGAUCCUACUUAUUUAUUAUCAAUUAAUGAUGAGGAAACUAUCAGCACACUCGGUCUCACUUGGCAACCGAGCACUGACUGUUUUAAAUUUGUAUUUAAGGAUUUGUCAAGACCUAUGCAUAUGACAAAGCGAACACUACUUUCCAACGUAAACAGUGUGUAUGAUCCAGUAGGCUUCCUAACUCCUGUCCUAAUAAGAGGUAAAAUGUUCAUGCAACAACUGUGGUCAUCAAAAUUAAAUUGGGACACACCACUAUCUACUGAGAUGCAAAACAAAUGGACAAAUUUUUAUCAAGGCCUCAAGUGUUUAGAGCAGCUGUCAAUCCCACGCUGUGUUCCAUUUGAUAGCACUGCAGCAAUGGAACUCCAUAGUUUCUGUGAUGCAUCACAGAAUGUUUUUGGUGCUUGCAUUUAUCUUAGGUCAGCUGUCACAUUACAAUGCCAAUUAUACUGUUCUAAAUCUAGAGUAGCUCCACUAAAGGCCAGUACAAUUCCGCGCUUAGAGCUUUGCGGAGCACUUCUAUUGGCAGAAUUGGCCAACAUGGUUAAGAGAGAACUGGACCGUAUCAACAUUCAUUGUAACUCCAAUAAUGUCAUCUUAUGGACUGAUUCAUCUAUUGUCAUAUCUUGGAUCAAUAGUGACAAACCACUCAAGUCUUAUGUAUCAAACAGAAUAGCACAAAUACUGGACCUAACUCAUCCCUCUCACUGGCGUCAUGUACCAACAAAUAGCAACCCUGCUGAUGUAAUUUCGCGUGGGUGCUCUGCUGAAUCAUUAUCAACAAACAAGGUUUGGUGGAAUAGUCCUGAGUGGUUGAGUCAGACCAAAGACCUUUGGCCAUCCAAUAAUGUUACCAUCACUGAGUUACCUGAGAUCAAAAUAGUUCGACCGGUUCUCAUACUAAAUUGCUCAUCAGAUAAUGAAUUAGAAGAAAGAUUUUCAUCUUGGUCCACAAUGAUCCGCAUAACAGCAUAUAUCCUAAGAUUCUGUUACAAUGCUCAUACCAAGGUGGUUUCCAACCGGCGAUCUACAUCCUUAAGUGUGACUGAAUUAGCUUAUGCCGAAAAGGUAUUAUUGCGAAAGGUGCAGUCCAUAUCAUUUGCCUCAGAUUUAAUAGAGCUUAAGGCUAACAGGCCAGUUGGACGUCGUAGCGCAUUGCGGACAUUGAAUCCUUUUAUUGAUGCUGAUGGUCUACUGCGGGUUGGUGGUCGACUUAUAAAUGCUGAUAUUGUCUACACCAGCAAAUGCCCAAUUUUGCUACCAGCUAAGUCCAAAACCACCCAACUAAUUUUUAAAUAUGAACAUAAGCGUUUAAUUCACAUUGGCCCUCAAGGAUUGUUAGCUAACAUUCAUCUUCGCUAUUGGCCAAUUCGUGGCCGAAUUAUUGCAAGACAAACUAUCAGGCGCUGUAUACUUUGUUUCCGCUCUACUCCAUCUUUAACUGUUCCGUUCAUGGCACCACUUCCUCGGGAAAGAGUUAACAUUGAGCGUCCAUUUGCUAGAUCUGGUGUUGAUUUUUGUGGACCAAUUUUAAUUAAAAGUGACAUACGUAGAGUAUUGAACAUUAAGUGCUAUGUUGCAGUGUUUGUCUGCUUUGUGACUCGCGCUGUCCACUUAGAGCUGGUUAGUGGACUUACUACUGAAGCCUUCUUAGCGUCUCUCAUGCGAUUCCUAUCUCGUCGAGGCUAUUGCAGUCAUAUCUAUAGUGACAAUGGCACAAACUUUGUCGGUGCCAACAAAAUCCUUCAUUCAUAUUUUUUACCAACCAAGGGAAAACGCUCCAUUGAAGACUCCCUCUCAGACCUCAAGAUUUAA